GUCAUAUCCGGUCCAGCAAAGAAGUUAACUUAUCUUUUCUAAUACUGUUUCAGUGUUUGACAUGAAUGAAUGUCAAAAGAUGACGUUGCAACCAUCAAAAACACCAAUCAGCAUGCUGCAGGAACUCUGCACAAAACGAGGGUUGACGCCGAAAUACGAUGUUGUGGCUGUGGAAGGAGCCGUUCAUGAACCAACAUUUGUUUAUCGGGUGCAAGUUGGUGAUAUGGUGUCACAGGCUUCUGGGAGCAGUAAAAAAAAGGCCAAGCAUGCUGCUGCUCAGAAUAUGCUGGACAAAAUUAGUGGUGUACCAGAGUCAUACCCUGUAGGCCAAAUAAAAACAGAAUCAACCAACAGCAGCAUUUCCGAGAGCAAUGGUGAGCAUGAGGAUGGUAUCCCUGGCAACCCGGUUGGGCAACUGCAGGAGCUGACGAUGUGUCGGCAUUGGCCGCCUCCUCGUUACGACCUGGUGCAGGAGAUCGGUCAGCCUCAUGAGCGGGAGUUCAUCAUCCUCUGCAAAGUGUUAAAGUGGAACGAGUUGGGCAGAGGACAUUCAAAGAAGCUAGCAAAGAGACAAGCUGCCCACAAAAUGAUGGAGCAGCUUAAGACCAUCCCACCUGACCAGAAAGUAGAGGAUCUUGGUGAAGAGGAACUCCUACCAUUGAUCGACAACUUAAAAGCUCUAGGUUUUGAAUCUAAAGAGGGUUGGUAUGAAGCUUUGAAACAGAACAAGAUACCUACUUUGACUCCUCAGCACAGUAAAGAGGUAUCACAGUUCCAUAAGAAGCUGAAAGCAAGCUCCGGUGCUAGAUUGUCCGAGUUGCAGAACAAGUUACUUGACCAGCCAGGAAUCAACUACUGCCAGAUUCUACAGGAAAUUGCAUUGGAACAAAAUUUUGAGGUCACUUAUGUCGAUGUUGAGGAGAAAAAUAUCCACGGUCAGCACCAGUGCCUUGUGCAGUUGUCCACACUGCCGGUGGCUGUGUGCCAUGGCACAGCUGACAACAGUGAUGAUGCACAAGCGCAGGCAGCUCACAAUGCUCUGCACUAUCUAAAGAUAAUGACAAAGAAGUAGACAAGAAUCUGUACAACGUGGUUCAUCCGUGGCGGCGAUAGGUGAGAAAUGGCUAUUAGGGAUUAUUAUAGCCUAGUGUGGUGGCAAUCAAGCUUUAGAUGUCACAGAAAAAUCAUGAAUAGAAAGCAACCCUUUGGAAACUCGGCGCAUUGAUAUUUAGUGCUUGCAUAUAACCUCAGCCCGUCCAUAGUUGGGAUGUCAAAUAGGCAAAUUCUUUCUGGAAAAAUCCUGGCCCGUAACCUACAUUUCCAAGAGUAUACAAGUAAUAUUUGAGGCUGCACUAACCAUAAACAUGUAUGAAUAAGUAGAAUCUGUACUUUAUCCAUAGAUAAAAGAAGCAUUCACUCAUUCAUAGACAUGAAUAGUUAGAUUUUUCCCAUGCCAGUCUUGAACAAGGCUGAAAUUGUGGCACUGCAAUUAAUCUUUGAUAUAUACUCUGAUUACAUUACAACCGGGAUAGAAAUUGUCUUCAACUCUCGGUUGUAAACACAUUCAGUGUGUAUCCUACGUCAACCCCUUCCAUACAUCACACAGCCGAAGAGGCUGGUGUGAUUGGAGUGUUGCUCUUAUUUUAGCUGGGUAUGGUGAUGUUGUGUUUUAAGUAUCCUGUGAAGUGUAAUAAUGUAACAGCUGUACACUAUAAGUUGUUUGGCACCUUUUUAUUUCAUGCUGUUUCUGUAAACUGCGCUUUAUGUAGGUUUUAUGUUAAAGUAUUAGCUCACAUUUCUCUCGUUGUAUUUAAAUAUGAUUAAACAUUAAAUACACACAAAAAUGGAAAAGAAUGCAAAAUUAGGCUAAUGAAAUUUAUAUGUGUGUGUAUUUAUAGCUGCUUUUAGUGUGUUAACCUUACCUGGACGAAUAUCUUGUUGCAUUUGUAUUUCAAAAAAUUGAAAGGUUGAAUUUUCACUUUAAAUUCAAAGUUGUUCACAAUGAUUUUCUUUUUCACAUUUGUUGACUUAUACCUAUUACGUAGAGCUAUUGAUAUGGAGUAUAUGAGUUUGGUAAUCUACCAUGAUAUGGAUUAAUAUUGCAUAUGAGUUUUAUCCAAAUUUUGGUGCAACUAAAUAAAAUGUUUUAUUCGGCUUAGUGAAAUUCCAUAUUAUACUGUGUUGACAUAUUUGAAAAAUAUUUUUUGGCAUAUAUAUUCACAAGUUGAUGCAUAUAUUGGUUAACUGUAUAUCACGGUGAUGUUACCCGUGCAUAAACUAACUUUUUAGCCUCCGUAUCAAUUUAUAAUUAUGUUUUAGGUGCCGAUCUGCCCAGGUGCUUUAUGUAUUUUAGGGUUUAGAAUAGCGGCUAACAUUGAUUACUACACCCGGUAGCACUAUUUUUGUGGUGAUGCAUUUUGUGUCAGCGUUUACACUCUUACACGAGUGACUUUGGUAUGGUGUAUUAUAUACUUAAGAUAUUCUACGCACGUAUUACGAGCAUGUGGUGCAAACUAUCAAGACAUUCGUGUAGGUCUAGUAACAAGUGUAGUAGAAGACCAGCUUAAGCAUCAGCAAUGCUCUGUAGUAUUGCAGUCCAGUUAAUUAAAAUUGCAUGUCAGUACAGCUGUCUGCAGUUUGUGUAAGAGCUUCCCCUGUAAAAAAUUGAUGACAAUGUAGCCAGAUACAUGGAAGAAAUGUAAUUAAGUAUGCAAAUCACAUGGUGUGACUGCUGAAGAAAUAUAAUGCAGCAAUGUUUUGAGGAGGGAAUCAUCUACAUAUUUUAGUUGAACGUAAAGGUAUAUGACCAGUGCCACGAUUAUUAGCCAGUUGGUAUUGGUGUUGAAAGGUGAUAGCGACCGUUUUACAUUUUUGUGUUAAUUUUGGCUGUGAAAACAUUGCCACAUUGCCAGCUGUGAAAACAUUAGUUACAAUCCACUUUCUAUACAAAUUGUAUUAAUACUAGUAUUGUAUAGCUUCAAAGUAGGAAUUACAUACUAAUGUAAAACUUAUGGUGUGGGGAAGUCAACACUAAAGACCCGGAAGCAAUCUCGCUUUCUAUUAAGAUUCUAGAUCUGCGAGCAGUUCUAUAUUGCAUAUUUCAUUGCGUUUCUACUGGCGACUGCAGUGACCAAUUGAACUAGGGGAAGUUCUUUCCAAUACUGACCAUGCAGUGUUUGCCAUCAGCUUUGUUGAGUUGAGAGGAUGUAGUUUGAAUAUUUAUGGUAAGUGCUGGAUAGCGAGUGCGGAAAAGAGCCACGGUUAAUGUCUACAAAAAUUUCGUUUCGUUUAUCCACGAUUGUACAGAGUUGUGUGCAGGUUGUUUUCACAAUUCUGUGUUAUAUUUAUCACGAGUUUUCCAUUCUUAUGAAGAUAUAGCAGAUAGAAACGACGUCGGAUUGAAUCAUCUGCAUGUAGGACUGCAGUGUUAUAGUCACGACCCAUUCAUAUGCCUAUUCUAUUUCUAUAGGCAUAGGAAUAGAAAUAGAUUAGACUACCGUAUUUUUAUUUGUAUGGCUCUAGCAUAUAAACUGCAGUGAUUGUGAUUAGGACAAUUAUAUAUGUAUUAUGGGUCAACACAAGUAUAUUUUUUGAUAGAAAUCCAUGUGGUUACUACCAAUAAUGUUAAUGAAACAGAUAUCAACUUGCGUGUAUGGGUCUGCAUUUGACAAUAGCAUUGUAUGCUUCCAUGGAGGAGUUCAAUCGGCUAGCUUCAUCUUGUAUAUCCUUAAGUGUACAAAUUAUUAUAAAAAGAGCGAGUUCUGGACAUAUGCAUGCAUCAGAAACAAAUUACUCAUGACAACAUACUAUUUAUAGGAAUUCGAUGCAUUUAUCACUAAUGUCAGAAGAUGUACUACAUAAAGUUAUGCCUUUUAGAAUUGGUGUAAAAUGGAGGCAUAAAUAUAUGUAGAUGCAUCUUUUGCUUAAAUAUUUAAUUGUUGUCAUGCUGAUGUUUCAUGUGGCUCAAUUCGACUGAUGUAAAUCCUGUUGUAGUGUGCUGUUGGUGAUAAGGGAUAUCCCACUGGAUACAAAGGCGCACACAUGUAUCUCAUAAAGUGAUGGCGUAUCUCUCAUGGUUAAUAGCGAAUAAACUACAGUGUACUGCA